AUGUUUUAAGAAUUUACAACCUUAAUUAAUGGAAUGAGUAAUUAGAUUCCAAAAAAGAAUAUUGCUGAGGUCUAUAAACAUAAUAAGCAACGAUAAAUGAAUUUAGUGCAAAGGAAGAGUUGGGCUCCAUCAAUAAAAUACUCAAUGUUUUAAUCAAAUUAUGGGACAAAUGAUUAUCAAAUUGUAGCUCAAGAGAGUUCAGAUUCUGAGUCUAUUGUUUUUACACCUUCAUAAUAUCCAUCAUUACAUAAAGUUGCUUCUCAAAUUAUUAUGAUUUCAUAAUAUUCUCAGAUUCCGUGUUCAACCGUGUUAAAGGAUGGAUUAAAAUCUAAAUUGAUAAUUAAAAGCAUUGAAGAGAACAUUGACAUUCAAAAGGUAUAGGAAUUUGUAGAUAAGCUGCCUAUUAAGGGUUUUGUUUAAGAGAUCAAAUUAAUAUACUAUCAAUCAAAUCCAUGCUUAUUAUUUCAGUUGAAAACAGAUUAACCCUUAAUAGUUGCUAAUCAAUUUAUGAGCAAGCAAAAUCAGAAGCAAUCAAAAUCAACCUUUGGAUAUAAAUUCAGUUGUGCUUAAUUGGCUUAGAUGAAUGAUGAAUUUGCUGCAAUCAUAUUAAGAGGGUUAGACAAAACUAUCAGUACUAGUUAGAUCGAGAAGAUUAUUGCAUAUACUUUGAAGAUGGAGUAGAAGGAGUGUAUUAGAGAGACUCAGAAGCACAUAAUCGAAAUAGAUGAUGUGGGAUGCAUUACAAUUGUUCUUAAGGAUUUGGAAUAUUGUGAAAAGAUUGCUAUUGCAUUCAAUGGCACAAAUUUGAAUGGAUUAUAAAAAAAUAAAAUAUUAGUUAACGUUCAUCCUGAGUCUGUGAGGGUCCGUAGAAUCGAUUAUAGUGAAUCCAUUCAGAAAGGACUAUUACAAAAAAUAAUCAAGGUUAAUGAAGAGGAAAUGAAUUGA